AUGCGGGGGGGACGCGGGGGCGGCUGCGUCCGGAUCGGGGUCGGGAUCCUGCAGAGCGUCCCUGAUGACUACCGCUGCGGGAAGGCGCUGGGGCCGGUGGAGUCCAUCCAGGAACACCCGCGCGAUGGCAGCCGGCUCCUCAUCGGCUACAGCCGGGGGCUGGUGGUCCUCUGGGAGCAGAGCACGCGCACCGUCCAGCAUCUUUUCCUAGGGAACCAGCAGCUGGAGAGCUUGGCCUGGGAGCAAAGCGGGAAGAGCAUCGUCAGCUCCCACAGCGAUGGUGGGUACAUGGUGUGGGCAGUGAGUGGUGCCGGCCAGAAGACCCAGCAGCCCGUCAUGUCCACCAUCCCCUACGGUCCGUUCCCUUGCAAAGCCAUCAGCAAAAUUCUCUGGCGGACCUGCGAGUCAGGGAACCCCUUCAUCAUCUUCAACGGGGGGAUGCCGCGGGCAAGCUACGGCGACCGGCACUGCGUCAGUGUGCUGCAGGGCCAGACUCUGGCCACGCUUGACUUCACCUCCCGCGUCAUCGACUUCUUCACCGUGCAGAGCGCCGAGGCGGCUGAGGGAGGCUUUGAGAACCCCCGUGCCCUUGUUGUGCUGGUGGAAGAAGAACUGGUGGCCAUCGACCUCCAGACGCCGGGCUGGCCCACCAUCCCUGCCCCGUACCUGGCACCGCUCCACUCCUCCGCCAUCACCUGCUCCUGCCACGUCUCCAACGUGCCCCUCAAGCUCUGGGAGAGGAUCGUCAGCGCUGGCGAACAGCAGAGCCCCCGGCUCUCCUCUGCGGCUUGGCCCAUCGACGGGGGGAAGAACCUGGCCCAGGAGCCCACACAGAGGGGGCUUCUCCUCACCGGGCACGAGGAUGGCACAGUGCGGUUCUGGGACGCCUCGGGGGUCUCGCUGAAGCCCCUCUACAAGCUGGGCACCGCCAACAUCUUCCAGACGGAUUGUGAGCACAACGACAGCCUCAACCAGGCGGGCGAGGAGGAGUGGCCACCUUUCCGCAAGGUGGGCUGCUUUGAUCCCUACAGCGAUGACCCACGCCUGGGCGUGCAGAAGAUCGCUCUCUGCAAGUACACGGCCAAGAUGGUGGUAGCCGGCACGGCAGGGCAGGUGCUGGUGAUGGAGCUGAGCGACGAGAAGUCGGAGCACGCGGUCAGCGUGGCCACGGUGGACCUGCUGCAGGAUCGUGAGGGCUUCACCUGGAAGGGCCACGACCGGUUGGCCCCCAGGAAUGGGCCUCUGCCCUUCGCCCCCGGCUUCCAGCCCAGCGUGCUGGUGCAGUGCAUGCCCCCCGCUGCCGUCACCGCCAUCACCCUCCACUCCGAGUGGAACCUCGUGGCUUUCGGCACCAGCCACGGCUUUGGACUCUUUGACUAUUACCGGCGUAACCCUGUGCUGGCCAGGUGUACGCUGCACCCCAACGACUCGCUGGCCAUGGAGGGGCCCCUGUCCCGGGUGAAGUCCCUCAAGAAGUCCCUGCGGCAGUCCUUCCGUCGCAUCCGCAAGAGCCGGGUGUCGGGCAAGAAGAGGCUCAAUGCCAGCAGCCCCUCCAGCAAGGUGCAAGAAGCCAACGCGCAGCUGGCGGAGCAAGCAGGACCCCCCGAGGUGGAGAUGACGCCUGUGCAGCGGCGGAUUGAGCCUCGCUCGGCUGACGACUCGCUCUCGGGGGUGGUGCGGUGCCUUUACUUCGCCGACACCUUCCUCCGAGACGCCGCCCACCACGGCCCCACGAUGUGGGCAGGGACCAACUCUGGCUCAGUGUUCGCCUAUGCCCUGGAAGUGCCAUCGCAGGAGAAGUUUUCGGAGCGGGCGGUGGAGGCGGUGCUGGGGAAGGAAAUCCAGCUGAUGCACCGGGCACCGGUGGUGUCCAUUGCGGUGCUGGACGGACGAGGGAACCCCCUGCCCGAGCCCUACGAGGUCUCACGGGACCUGGCCAAGGCCCCCGACAUGCAGGGCAGCCACUCCAUGCUCAUCUCCUCCGAGGAGCAGUUCAAGGUCUUCACGCUGCCCAAAGUGAGCGCCAAGACCAAAUUCAAGCUGACGGCGCACGAGGGUUGCCGGGUGCGAAAGGUGGCCCUGGUGAGCCUGGUCAGCGCCGGCUCCGAGGAGCGGCUGGAGAACUGCCUGGCUUGUCUCACCAACCUGGGCGACAUCCACAUCUUCACCGUGCCCGGCCUGCGGCCCCAGGUCCACUAUGGCUGCAUCCGCAAAGAGGACAUCAGCGGCAUCGCCUCCUGCGUCUUCACCAAGCAUGGCCAGGGUUUCUACCUAAUUUCGCCGUCCGAGUUCGAGCGCUUCUCGCUGAGCGCCAGGAACGUGACGGAGCCGUUGUGCCGGCUAGAAGUCUCCCGGCUCCAGGACACCUCCUGCCUCAGCAACAGCUCGACGGCGACGCCGAAGCUGCCGCAGGCGAACGGCACCCACGUCCCGUGCAGCCCCGAGGGCCGACGCUCCCCCACCGACAGCGACCGUGAGUGA